CUCCUUUUUUUCCUUCCUUUCGACACUCGAGCAAGAGAAAGACAAGAUGGGCCAUCAGCAGCUCUAUUGGAGUCACCCCAGAAAAUUCGGACAGGGUUCUCGAUCCUGCCGGGUAUGCUCAAACAGACACGGUCUGAUCCGUAAAUACGGACUCAACAUGUGCCGCCAGUGCUUCAGGCAGUACGCUAAAGACAUCGGUUUCGUCAAGCUGGACUAGAUGUCUUGCGCUGACAUGUCCUCAGAUGGCUCCGGUGAUCUCUGGAAGGCCAACCGAGAUGGGAUAAUUCAGCACAGAAAUAAAUGUUCUUUUUUUGUUUAACUUGA